GUCGAUUAAUUUAGUUUUUAAUUUAGUUUUCUGUCAGAAUGACUGUGCACUUUGCAUGUUUGAACAUUUUUAUUUGAAAAAUUACUUGUUUAGUGUACCGUCUGAUGCAGCAGAGAAUGGUAAAUAUCCACGGUGUUAUGCAGAUCUGGCUAAAUCUCACGUUAUCUUCUACAAACCCAUAUGCAGUUACUUUUGCUGAACGUUAACUGAGUGAAAUGUUUUCUCAUCUCACAUGGUUUGCUCAGUUUAGAAACCAAAAAUAAAUGUGUUAAAGUUCAGAUUUGCUGAACGGAGUCAAGAUGAAGUCACUGAAGCAAUUUUCCAAUGCUGGAUUUGGACUCUAAUCAAACACGGAAAUACAGCUGAUUUGUCAUCAGCAUGGCAUUUUCAUUGGCUGAAGAAGCAAAACACGUGACCCAGGUUUCAUGACAAAAACCCAGGUUUGCAAACUUGUCCUGAUCGGUAGAUGGUACAUUAAGCUUUAACUCGAACAAAUUAACAACCAAUGACACAUACAGGAUGUUUGACGCUAUCAGAUUUUUCAGACCUGUUGUGAUCAGUCAUAGUGUAUGGAGGAGUCUGUUCACCAUGCGGCUGAAGACUAGCGAGUUCAAGUCUCUCUUCACUGAUGGGCUGAAUGGGAUAGCAGAGCUGUUUGAGAAGCACCAGUAUGAGCUGCGGAUCGCCGGCGGCGCUGUGCGGGAUCUGCUCUCCGGGAAGCGGCCUGAGGACGUGGACUUUGCCACCACAGCCACUCCGGAGGAGAUGAAGCGCAUGUUCCAAGAUGCUGGGAUCAGGUUGAUCAACAACAAAGGAGAGAAGCACGGCACCAUUACCGCACGGCUGCACGAUGAGAACUUUGAGGUGACCACACUGCGAGUGGACGUUGAGACGGACGGCCGGCACGCGGAGGUGGAGUUCACCACCGACUGGCAGAAAGACGCCGAGCGUAGAGACCUCACCAUCAACUCUAUGUUUCUGGGGCUCGACGGAACGUUAUACGACUAUUUCAAAGGCUACGAAGACCUCCAGAACCACAAAGUCCGGUUCGUCGGCAACGCUGAGCAGAGGAUACAAGAAGACUACCUGAGAAUACUGAGGUAUUUCAGGUUUUACGGCAGGGUGGCUUUAAGGGCCGACGAGCAUGAGCCCGAGACUCUGACUGCCAUCAGGGAAAACGGCCGGGGGCUGGCAGCCAUAUCAGGAGAAAGAAUCUGGGUGGAGUUAAAGAAGAUGGUGGUGGGGAACCACGCUGCUCAUCUGCUGGAGCUUCUCUACAACCUAGACUUAGCUCAGUACAUCGGUUUGCCUCCAGAUGGCGACGUUGACGAGAUGAAGCGUGUAUGGCGGAACGCCAGCGCCCACUCUCCCAAACCCAUGACGGUCCUGGCGGCCCUGUUCCACGGCCCGGACAACGUGGACAAGAUGGACCUGCGGCUGAAGGUGUCCAGGGAGGAGAAGACGCUGGCUCUGUUCCUGGUCAAGCACAGGCGGACGCUCCACAAGAGCGACGAAGAGCCAGACGACCUCAGACCUUUCACUGACUUUAUUAUCGAUAGCCGGGAGCCGGACUCUCAGAGCAAAGUGUGUGAGCUGCUGAAGUAUCAAGGUGAGGAGAAGCUGCUGUCGGAGCUCCAGAGGUGGUCGGUGCCUCGCUUCCCCGUCAGCGGCCACGAUCUGAGGAAGAUGGGCAUCACAUCGGGGAAGGAAAUUGGCACCAGCCUGCAGGAGCUCCGUGACAUCUGGAAGAAAAGUCGAUACCAGAUGGAUAAAGACGAACUGCUGAGUCAUGUGAAGCUUUGAAUAAAACAGGAACUGGUCACCAUUGUGAUUUA